GCGUUCACUUCCCUGUUUUGGCUGAGUGCUCCGAUAAAUCGGCACACUUCUUCAUAGAGCUGUUGGUGCAAUGCAUGUCAAGAUGUUUGUGUGAUUUCUAUGUUUCAGGAUGAAUCUGGAUCCAAACUGCUCCAACAUGUCCGUGGUUUCGGCUGUCAUGAAACCAGAUCAGGGGCCGAUGGACUACCGCGUGUCAGGCAUGGUCUUCUCCUGCUUCAUCCUCAUCAUCGGAGUCAUCGUCAAUCUCACUGCUAUAUGGGUGUUUGCUCUGACCACCAAGAAGAGGAACUCUGUCACUGUGUACAUGAUAAACGUGGCAGUAGUGGACCUGACCUUCAUCCUGCUGCUUCCCUUCAGAAUAGUUUACUACCACCUGGACUACUGGCCGUUUGGAGAUGUGUUUUGCAGGAUCACAGCCGCUCUCACCAUCUUCUACCCCUGCAUGGCUCUGUGGCUGUUCGCUCUCAUCAGUGCUGACCGCUACAUGGCCAUUGUCCAGCCGAAGCACAGCAAAGAGCUGAGGAACGUCCCUAAAGCUGUGGUGGGGAGUUUGGGGGUGUGGCUCAUGACUCUUGGCAGCACUGUGCCCCUGCUUUUCCCAGCGGAUGAUCCCGAUAGUGUCUCCAACUUCACCACCUGCAUCAAAAUGCAAGACAUCAUCUACAUGCGCCACGACAACCCGGUCAACUUUGUGCGACUGAUCUGCUUCUUCCUGGUUCCCAUUUUUAUAAUGAUUGGCUGCUAUGUAGUCAUUGUAGAUAAUCUCAUCCACGGCAGAACCUCCAAACUCAAACCUAAAGUGAAGCAGAAGUCCAUCCGGAUCAUCAUUACGCUGAUCAUCCAAGUAUUGGUGUGUUUUGUGCCGUUCCAUGUGUGUCUAGUCGUGCGUUUGCUCGGAGAAGGCCAAGAUGGCGGCUUCAGCACAUGGGCAGUCUUCACGACAUACCUGAUGAACAUGAGCACUGUGUUGGACAUCAUCCUGUUCUACAUUGUCUCCAAACAGUUCCAGGACAGGGUGAUUAGUGUGAUUCUCUACAGGAACUACCUUCGGAGCGUGAGACGGAAGAGCAGGCACACAUACACAGGCAGCACCCGAUCCAUGAGCAACAUGCCCAGCGCGAUGAUAUGAAACAACCAUCAAACUUCUGUGCUUUCACACUGAUAUGUACUGCUCAGGCUUUGUAACACUGAACGCAUCACUGUGCACAGGGCUUAUUAUCAAAAGGAUCAAAACUUGCAAUUAAUUUCCAAGGUGUAAUUUACACUCACAGUAUGGGAGUGCUGCUGUUGUGGCGAAAACAUCUGUGUUCAGAGCUGAUUGACUCACCCAGGAGACUUGAGAUGUUUUCUGUGCAUCUUUGCUCUGGCAGACAGAGCACGAAUAACUGUGGCUCAGGUGUAACACAUGCAGGCGAAAAUGAAGCUCAUAAUCAUUAAAAACAUAGCCCACAGUAAGUUAGUGUUUGCUUUUGCAAUUAUGUAGAAAACUCAGCCACAUCAACCAACAACUUUCAGAAGUGACAACUCUCCAUGGGGGGGAAACCUACAGGAAACAACGGUGGGUUUUUUCACAAUGCACAAAACAUCGCCUAUGAGUAACCUCAGUGCUGCAGACUUAAAUAUAACCAUGUCUGCUGAUUGAUGCCGUGCAUGCAUGAGGUGCAAAUAAUCCAUUUGACUGGUGUCAUUUCAUUUCACACAAACACCUGACAGGACAUCAUUGUACCAGACACCACAAACAGCAAUGUGGAAACUAGAUCACAAGCAUAACACAGUAUUAACUACCGUACAGAAGUAUGGUUUAGUGAAGCUACUUAACCCCCUUAAAUGUUGCGGGUCAAAUUGAUCCUUUUUAAAGUCUAUUUUAGGCAAUAUAUGCCUUCCAAACCAGCUAAAUGCAGCAUAAAGAUCUGGGCAGCA